ACAGCUUAGAAAAACUCAUAUUUUACUUUUGGCUGGCUUAUAAUUAGAAAAUAAACAGCACGUGGAUUGUGUGGAUUUGCGAAAACACAAUCCACACUAGGGGAAAUGAGGCAACACUUUGGUUCUUUUCCAUGCUAAGGCUGUUAAAUAAUAUCGACAUGCCGCCACUUUUUCGUAAUUAACAGUUGACAAUUUAACGCUUGCAGCAAUCGGUCACACAGUUUUGAUCACCAAAACUGCAGAGAACGCAGAAUUUUUUCCAAACGGCGAAAAAAUAAAAUUAAAACGCUUGUUAAACGUAAACAAAUAAAUAAAAAGCGUCUUGCAACAGCUGCUGAGCAAUGUUAACUAAAAAUUAAGCGAAAGUAAGUGAAAGAGUCCGAAAUAUUGCAGCAACAUGGACACCGCAUCGGACAAUGACAGCGAUGAGGGCUCCAUUGGCGGCAAUGCGGCUAACGAGGGCAACGACAUGGAAAUGGGGGGCAUGGACUUGACCGGAAUACUGUUUGGCAACAUUGAUUCCGAGGGCAAGCUGAUGGACGACGAUGAUGAGCGAGGUGGACAUGCAUUCGAUGCUGAGCUUCGCGAGAAUCUCAGCUCCUUGGCCAAAUUGGGUUUAAAUUCGCUGCUGAAUGAGGUGAUUGAUCAGCCUGGUGGGGACGCUAAUUCCGAUGAGGAUAACGAGGACAAACCAGCAGCGGAUGGAACGGAUAACUUGAGUGCUUUCGAUGCUUUAAAGGCGGGCACCAGUAAUGAGGCGAAUGAAGAUGGCGCCAUCAAGGCCCAAGACGAUGCUAUUGAUUAUUCCGAUAUUACUGAGCUAUCCGAAGACUGCCCACGCACGCCAUCGCCGCCAGCAGCGACACCAGUUGAGUCUGCAUCCACAUUUGAUGAUCUGGAGGAUGCGAUACCCGCUUCCAAGGUGGAGGCCAAGUCGACCAAGGAUGACAAAGAACUGAUGCCGCCUCCCAGUGCGCCCAUGAGAAGCGUUAGUACUUCAUCCACAGGCAGCAAUGAUGAAGUUACUAAAGCUGGCAACACAGAGACUUCGCCCAGCGCCGAUGCAAAAGCUCUAGAAGCCAAAGCUGAAGCUGAUCGUCGUUUGGAUACACCGCUGGCUGACAUUCUGCCAUCAAAAUACCAAAAUGUCGAUGUCUGUGAUCUUUUUCCGGACUUUCGGCCGCAGAAAGUGCUGCGUUUCUCGCGUCUCUUUGGUCCUGGCAAGCCGACCAGUUUACCUCAAAUUUGGCGUCACGUCCGCAAGCGACGCCGAAAGCGCAACCAGUCGCGUGAUCAGCGACCUAAUGCAGGUGGUUCAGACUCGCCCAGCGAUUCGGAUGAGCCUCGGCGACGUGGCUUCGAUUUGCACUUUGGACCUGAACCUUCACCCUCUGAAUGUCAGCCCGAUGAUGAGGACAAGCUGCUGAGCGAUCUGAACAGUGAGGAUGUGCGUCCUGAGGGACCGGACAGCGGUGACAAUAACGAUCAGAAGCCCAAGGUGGCCGACUGGCGUUACGGCCCAGCGCAGAUCUGGUACGAUAUGCUGGAAGUGCCCGAUUCGGGUGAGGGUUUCAACUAUGGCUUCAAGACCAAGACGGCGUCCUCAGGCGGCACACAGAAUAAGUUUAAUGGCGAGGUGGCGGUGAUCACUACUACCGUGGAUGUUGUCGAGCAGCCGAGCAUUGCAGACGACGCCUUUCUGAUGGUGUCACAGCUGCACUGGGAGGACGAUGUCGUGUGGGAUGGCAAUGACAUCAAGGCCAAGGUGCUGCAGAAGCUCAAUUCCAAGACGAAUGCUGCCGGCUGGUUGCCCUCAAGCGGCUCUCGCACUGCGGGCGCCUUCAGUAGUCCCAAGACUGCGUUGCCCGUGGGUUCGAAUAGCGGCGGAGGUGGCGGCAGCAGUGGCAACAAAAAUUCGGGAGGUGGUUCUACCAAGAAGGCUCUGCAGAGUGCGGCACAAAACAAACAGGUGGAAGCUCCAGAUGACACCUGGUACAGUUUGUUUCCUGUGGAGAACGAGGAACUCAUCUAUCACAAAUGGGAGGAUGAGGUGAUUUGGGAUGCACAGCAGAUGAGCAAGGUGCCCAAGCCGAAGGUGUUGACAUUGGAUCCCAACGAUGAGAACAUUAUACUCGGCAUACCCGAUGACAUUGAUCCCAGCAAGAUCAACAAGAAUGUGGGACCGCCGCCGAAGAUUAAGAUACCGCAUCCUCAUGUGAAGAAAUCGAAGAUUCUGCUGGGCAAAGCGGGUGUCAUCAAUGUGCUGGCCGAGGAUACGCCGCCGCCGCCACCCAAGAGUCCUGAUCGUGAUCCUUUUAACAUAUCCAAUGACUCCUAUUACACACCUAAAACGGAGCCCACGUUGCGCCUUAAAGUGGGCGGCGGCAAUCUCAUACAGCAUUCGACACCGGUGGUGGAGCUGCGGGCUCCAUUUGUGCCCACUCACAUGGGUCCAAUGAAGCUGCGUUCAUUCCAUCGUCCGCCGCUUAAGAAGUUCUCGCACGGCCCGCUAACGUUGGUCCAACAACAUCCAGUUUAUCCGUUGCUCAAGCACAUUGUCAAGAAGGCCAAACAGCGAGAAGUGGAACGCAUUGCAUCUGGUGGCGGAGAUGUCUUCUUUAUGCGUAAUCCUGAAGAUCUGAGUGGUAAGGAUGGUGACAUUGUGCUCGCCGAGUUCUGUGAGGAGCAUCCACCGCUGAUGAAUCAGGUGGGCAUGUGCUCCAAGAUCAAGAACUACUACAAACGCAAGGCGGAGAAGGAUAGCGGACCACAGGAUUAUGUGUACGGUGAGGUGGCCUUUGCACACACCAGUCCGUUUCUGGGUAUUCUGCAUCCUGGUCAGUGUAUUCAGGCGCUGGAGAAUAACAUGUAUCGUGCACCGAUUUAUCCGCACAAGAUGUUGCCCAACGACUUUCUCAUCAUACGCACAAGGAACAGUUAUUUUAUACGCGUAGUGAGCGCCAUCUUCACCGUGGGUCAGGAGUGUCCACUGUACGAGGUGCCGGGUCCCAAUUCGAAGCGUGCCAAUAACUUUACGCGUGACUUUCUCCAGGUGUUUAUCUAUCGUUUGUUUUGGAAGAGUCGCGAUAAUCCGCGACGUAUUCGCAUGGACGAUGUGAAGCGCGCGUUUCCAGCUCACUCGGAGAGCAGCAUCCGCAAACGCUUGAAACAGUGUGCGGACUUUAAGCGUACAGGAAUGGACUCCAAUUGGUGGGUGAUCAAACCAGAGUUUCGUCUGCCCUCCGAGGAGGAAAUUCGCGCCAUGGUCUCGCCAGAGCAAUGCUGUGCGUACUUCAGCAUGAUAGCAGCCGAACAGCGACUCAAGGAUGCUGGCUAUGGUGAGAAAUCGUUGUUUGCACCGCAAGAGGACGACGACGAGGAGGCGCAACUGCUCGACGAUGAGGUCAAGGUGGCGCCCUGGAACACUACACGUGCCUACAUCCAGGCCAUGCGUGGCAAGUGCUUGCUGCAGCUGAGCGGUCCCGCUGAUCCCACGGGCUGUGGCGAAGGCUUCUCCUAUGUGCGCGUGCCCAACAAACCCACACAAACGAAAGAGGAGCAGGAAUCGCAACCGAAGCGUUCGGUGACGGGCACUGAUGCCGAUCUGCGUCGUCUGCCGCUGCAGCGUGCAAAGGAGCUGCUGCGCAAGUUCAAGGUGCCCGAGGAGGAGAUCAAGAAACUGACGCGCUGGGAAGUCAUCGAUGUGGUCCGUACGUUAUCCACGGAGAAGGCCAAGGCCGGUGAGGAGGGCAUGGAUAAGUUCUCGCGUGGCAAUCGCUUCUCCAUUGCGGAGCAUCAGGAGCGCUACAAGGAGGAGUGUCAGCGCAUCUUUGAUCUACAGAAUCGUGUGCUUGCCAGUUCCGAAGUGCUGUCCACCGAUGAGGAUGAGUCGUCGGCCUCCGAAGAGUCCGACUUGGAGGAGUUGGGCAAGAAUCUGGAGAACAUGCUGGCCAACAAGAAGACCUCAACACAGCUGUCACUGGAACGCGAAGAGCAGGAGCGUCAGGAACUGUUGCGUCAGCUGGACGAUGAGCAAGGCGAUGGCGGUAACAAGGCGGCCAAGGCCAAGGAGGAGGCGACCCAACAGACGAUGGCGCAGAGUAAUCAGGGACGCAUUUUGCGCAUUACGCGUACUUUCAAGGGCAACGAUGGCAAGGAGUAUACGCGUGUGGAGACGGUGCGUCGCCAGGCGGUGAUUGAUGCUUACAUCAAGAUACGCACCACCAAGGAUGAGCAGUUCAUCAAGCAAUUUGCCACACUGGACGAACAGCAGAAGGAGGAGAUGAAGCGCGAGAAGCGUCGCAUCCAGGAACAGCUGCGUCGCAUCAAGCGGAACCAGGAGCGUGAGCGACUCGCGCAGCUGGCGCAGAACCAGAAGCUACAGCCAGGUGGCAUGCCGACGUCGUUGGGUGAUCCCAAGAGCUCGGGCGGACAUGCGCACAAGGAGCGCGACAACAGUCACAAGGAGGUGAGUCCGUCGCGCAAGAAGUUCAAGCUGAAGCCGGAUCUGAAGCUCAAGUGCGGCGCCUGCGGUCAGGUGGGACACAUGCGCACCAACAAAGCGUGUCCACUGUACACGGGCAUGCAGAGCAGUCUGUCGCAAUCGAAUCCCUCGCUGGCCGACGACAUGGACGAGCAGAGCGAACGGGAGAUGAACAUGGACGACGACGAUCUGGUCAAUGUAGAUGGCACCAAGGUCACACUGAGCAGCAAAGUGCUCAAGCGUCAUGGACAGAGUGGCGAGGAGUCGAAGCGACGUGGCGGCCUCACGCUCAAGAUGCCACGCGAUGGCUCCGGCAAGAAGAAGCGACGCAUGGCCAACGAGGUGCACUGCGAUUACUUGCAGCGUCACAAUAAGACUGCCAAUCGCCGACGCACCGAUCCCGUUGUGGUGCUUUCGUCCAUACUGGAGAACAUCCUCAACGAGUUGCGCUCCAUGCAGGAUGUGACACCGUUCCUGUUCCCAGUGAAUGCUAAACGGGUGCCGGACUAUCAUCUGGUCGUUACCAAGCCCAUGGAUCUGCAGACGAUGCGCGAACAAAUUCGUCAGCGUCGCUACACGAGUCGCGAACAGUUUCUUGAGGAUCUCAAGCAGAUCGUGGACAAUUCGGUGCUCUAUAAUGGGGAUACGAGCGCAUACACAUCCGCUGCCCAGCGCAUGUUCGACAAAUGCUUCGAGUUGCUGGCGGAGCGCGAGGAUAAACUGAUGCGCCUGGAGAAGGCAAUCAAUCCGCUGCUGGACGACGAUGAUCAGGUGGCGUUGUCAUUCAUCUUUGAGAAACUGCACUCACAAAUCCGUUCGAUGUCCGAGGCUUGGCCUUUCCUUAAGCCGGUCAACAAGAAGGCCAUCAAAGACUAUUAUACGCUGAUUAAAAAGCCGAUGGAUCUGGAAACUAUUGGCAAGAACAUUGAAAAUCAUAUCUAUCACAGUCGUGCCGAUUUUCUGCGCGACAUUGAACUCAUUGCGGCCAACUGCGAGCAAUACAAUGGCAGCGAGGCACCGUACACGGCGUUCGCCAAGAAGAUCUUGGAGUAUGCACAAACACAGCUCGAAGAGUUUGCAAAUCACUGCGGCCAGCUGGAGCAGAAUAUAUUGAAAACGCAGGAGAAGGCCAGAGCCGAAGCACCCGAAUUUGAUGAGGCCUGGGGUAACGAUGAUUACGACAUGAGAAGUCGCGCCAGUUCGCCCGGCGAUGAUUACAUCGAUGUGGAGGGUCAUGUUGGACUUGUGCCACCCAAUUCCAUACAUCGCACAAUGGGCGCAGACACCAGUCAAUCGCAUGCGGCAGCAGCGUUGCGCAAACCGCCGCCACCAGCUGCCGGCGAGGUGAAACGCGGUAGGGGCAGACCACGCAAACAACGUGAUCCGGUGGAAGAGGUCAAAAACUCGAAUCCGGUUAAACGUGGUCGGGGCCGUCCCCGAAAGGACAGUCUUGGCUCUAACAUGAGUCAGACGCAAGCUUACUUUCUGGACGAAGAUCUGCAAUGCUCCACAGACGAUGAUGAGGAUGACGAGGAAGAUUUUCAGGAGGUAUCCGAGGAUGAGAAUAAUGCUGCCAAUAUAUUGGAUCAAGGGGAACGACUCAAUGCAACCAGCGGCGAUACCAUGGAUUACAUUGAUCCCAAGAACAUUAAGAUGGAGGUUGAUCUAGAGGCACAACAGAUGGCAGAGGAGCAAUGCGGCGAGGAUGACAGCCAGCAAGCGGCUGAAGCUAUGGUGCAGUUGAGCGGUCUUGGCUACUACGCUCAACAGCAGCAAGACGAGUCCCUUGAUGUGGAUCCAAAUUACGACCCAUCGGACUUUCUGGCCAUGCACAAGCCACGUCAGAACUACAAUGAAAACUACAAUGCACAGAGCGCCUUCUCCGAUUUUAUGGCUCAGUCUCAGGACGAUAAUGGACAGUAUAAUCCGCCCGAGGCUAGCACGAGUGCAGCAGCCGCAGCUGGCAUGAUGCAGUCGCAGGAUGAUGAGAUGCCCUCGACGAGCAAUAAUAAUGGCAUGGGCAUUGACGAAGAUCUGGAUAUAUCCGAGAGCGAUGAGGAGGAUAACAACGGUGGCGUUCGCAUCAAGAAGGAGAUCUUCGAUGAUAGUGAACUGGCUGCCCAGCAGCAGCAGCAUCACUCAGCUCAGCAAUCGCAAAUCUAUCUGUUGGAUGCAUCCAAUGAACCUGUUCAGCCUGUUGAUUAUCAACAACAAACAUCUGACUAUCAGCCAGCUCAGGAGCUUCAGCAGCUGCACGCUCAACCGCCAAUGUUGCAGCAACAACAUGAUGAGCAACAGCAGCAGCAGCAACAACAACAACAGCAGCAACAAGGAGAAAACGAAUUCGAUUGGAUGACAUUUUAGUUGAACAGUUAUCAUGUGUAACAUUUCAAAUAUUUCAACUGUUUUAUCAGAUUUAUUUUCUUUAUUUUUCUUAUGCCUUAUAAUUUUCUACUCAAUGAACGACUUUUUUACUUUCAUAACUGUUAUACAUUAGAAUUAAUCAAAACAACAAGUGACUAGUGGAAAUGUCUAGUUGCUUUAAGAUAAGUUAAUUUUAGUUGGAGAAAGAUGCAAAAAGAUUUAAUCAUUUUUAACGAUUUCAGUUUCUUUAAAUAAAUAAUUGUAUAUUAAAAUAUUGAGACAUUUUUGCAUUAAAAGCAAAUGUUCUCUUUCGAUUUCAGUUACUUGAAACAAAUAUUUGUAUAUUUUUGCAUAAAAAGUAAAAAAAAAUAUA